AUGGCGGAUUGUGACACGGGAUCUUUCGUUCUCGGAAUAGACAUUGGAACAACCUCGAUAAAAGUGUCGUUAGUGCGAAAUGGUACUAAAGAUGUCAUUGAAAGUUUUAGACUUGAUACAGAGGCGAAUAAUCACGAUAAGGAAUCUAGCUUUGCAGAGCUGGAUGUUGCGAAAAUAUUUGCUUGUUUACAGCAUGUACUUUCCCAAUUCUCUCUACAUUUCCUGGCCAAAGUGGCUCGUAUUGGAAUUUGUGGACAGAUGCAUGGAUGUGUGAUGUGGAACGGUGAAUCAUGCAGUGUAUCAAGUGAAGGUCACCAUUUUAUACGGAGCGAUGAUGUCUCCCAUCUUAUUACUUGGGAGGACGGGAGAUGUAACAAUGACUUUUUAAGCACCCUUCCGCCUACACGUUCACAUAUUCCUAUUUCUACUGGUUUUGGAUGUGCAAGCAUUUUUUGGCUUCAGAGAAAUGAUCCUAGCUUCUUGGAACGUUUCGAUUGUGCUGGAACCAUCAUGGAUUACUUUAUUUGUGUUUUUUGUGAAAUGAGAAAGCCUUGCAUGUCUUCACAUAAUGCUGUCAGUUGGGGAUAUUUUGAUGUGAGUAAUAUGGCGUGGGAAUUAGACAUGUAAGUUAGUUAAUUCCACAUGCUUAUCAAGUUUUUUCUUGAUAUUAUAUCAUUAAGUCAGGUUUAAAACACCUCUUUCUAAUGCAAGUGACUGCGAGAAAUGUUUAGCUUAUCCGAUUGCCAAUGGCUAAAUGUCCGGUAGCUGGGCACGAACCUGCAGUCUGGAAUGUUCACAUAAUUUCCACUGAAAAUUUAUUUCAAACUUCUUAAGAGUACCAGAUCUCUGACAAGAAAUGUCAAGAAAUUCCAGAAAUAAUUUGUGUUUUGUGUGCGUGUGUGUAUUUUAUGUUUUUCUUCCCAACCUUAUGCUUAAUAGUAGAAUCGCUCGGUUGUCGACACUAAAAGAAAUUCUACACUUCUCAACAGACCGCCGGACACGGUCUCAAAUGGACUUGUUAUGCCCGGCAGACAGAAAUUUUUAUUAAAGUUCCGAACGAAACUCCAUAUAAAACUGUUGAGUAUAUAUGUUUUUUUUUUCAGAAUUUCAACAGUUACUGAAUUCUAUUUUGGGUUUAUUUGGUGGACAAGCCCGUGAACGCUGCAAAAUCGUUCAGUCCCAAAUUAAAUAGACCAGCACUCGGAAAUUUUCACAGAUUUUCCACUAAAAGGCAUCAAAUGUUUUUUCUUUUAGUAUGUCGUAACAUACUUUUCAAAAAUUCAGUCAAGGUAUUCUAAUAUCGAAAAAUCACGACUGCCAGAAAGUAAUUUUUUGGAAUUGCGUGACGUUUCUGCAUUUCUAAACAAACAUCUAAUGCUCUUGAGAAGUUUGGAAGAACGUGUCAGUGGUAAUUCCGUGAAAAUUUCUGACUACUGGACAUUUUUUCAUUUUAGAGCGUUGCUUGAUAGCCUGAUCAGAAGGGUGGAAUUUCUUAAUGUUGACAACUGAGCAAUGGCACAAACUCGGAAAAUUUGCCAACUAAAUGCACAAAAAAUAGUUUUUUAGAAUGGCGUGACAUUUUUGAUACUCUAAAAUAAGUUGGAAACAACCUUUCAGUGAAUUUUCUUUGAAAAUUUCAGACUGCCGGGCAUUUAGAACGUACCUGGCCACCAGGCAUUUAGCCAUUGCUUAUCUGAUUUUGCACAAGAAGUCAACACUGUUGUUCAGAUAGUGGGAACAAUGGUGUCAGAGUUCCCACAUUCAAGAUUAAUGUUAAAAAUGGGAAAUUGGACUCUUUAUGAUUCUUAUUGUAGGGGUAGACCACAAUUAAAUUAUUAUUUUUGCUCUUUAUGCAGUCUGAAAGAGGCAAACUUCCCCACUCAACUCCUGCCAGUGGUGGUAGAACCAGGUACAAUGGUUGGUAAGCUGCAAAGAUCUUUGUAUGGAAUCCCAGUUGGUACACCUGUGGGGGUGGGUCUGGGUGACUUCCAGUGCUCAGUACUUGCAAGCAGAUCUCAGGAAAGUGAUGCAGGUAACACUUAGAAGUUCUUUUCAUGCAUGCUGCAUCACUUAAGCAUUUUACUCCCAGAAGUUAUUGACAUGUAAUUUCUCCCUACAAUAUCUAUACAUUAUCCUGCAAACUAUUAAUGAGAAUACUGAAACUUAUUUGGUUGAAGCUUUAAUCUUUAUCAGAUGCAAAAUUCUUGAAACUAAUUUAGAAGAAAUGCACAGAAGGUAGAGGGGAGAAUUAACAAUCAGAUCUGAAGGGUUAAGAGUGAACAGUUUUUGUGUCAAAACCAUGAUCUCUUUAGCACCAAGGUACGAGGACAGGGGUUAGUCCCAAGAACACCUCAGGAAAUUAAGUGAUAACUGAGAUAAAGGCUCAAAUCAAGGUCAUUAAUGGUCAAAAUAUAGGACUCAUGGGACAAGAAGGAUGAAGGGCCAUUCCCUGAGAAGUGUGAAGGAAGAUGACUGUAUAAAAAAUUGAGAAUUGUUACCCCUUAUUAUUCAAAACUUUCACAGUUCAAACAAAAUAUAACUUAACUAGUACUCAAAUUUCAGUUGUCAAAUAUUUUUUAAUUUUCAGUUCUUAACAUUGGAACAUCCUGCCAACUGGCUGUGGUUGUUCCUGCUAAUACCAGCACUGUGGCUGCAGGGGAAUCUUCAUAUCAAAGUUCAGAGAUGCCUAGUAAAGCAAUUACAAUUCUUCCAUUCUUUCAUGGACAGAAAGUUAUGACAGCUGCAUCACUUUCAGGUAUGGUCAGAUUUUCUUGAUUUAUGUUUGUACUGUUGUUCAAAGAGUGUAUAAAACCUUUCUUUUCACUCAUGGACAGCCUCUUGUACCAUAUGUGUAUUGGUGCUAACAUUAAAUCUUUAAUCCACCACUGUUUACUUCUAUCUAUCUCCAAAUAUAUUUCUUUGGGUCGCAAUGAUGUUAUCAAAAAUUACAUCCAAUUGGGGUUCUUGGAAAAUUCUUAAGGUCACAUACUGCUAUGUUAUCAAACCAAGAAAUCUAGGAGGUCUAACUGUCAGCUUUUGUUUCCUUUGUCGUUACAGGAGGUAACGUUUUGGCCACCUUUGUGAAGAUGUUGACAUCAUGGAUGAAAGAUCUUGGACUGGAAGAGAGUCUCCCUUCUAAAGAUAAUAUUUAUUCUAGAAUACUGGCCUGUGCUGAUGAGAGAGCUUCAACGUCACUUCAAGUAGUUCCCACUUUAUGGGGUGAAAGGCACACUUCUUAUCAAAGAGGACAAGUGAACAACCUAACAUCAGGAAAUAUCUCACUUGGUGAUGUUGGUUUGGCUCUUUUUAAAGGAGUUAUUGAAAACAUAAAAGAAAUGAUGACACAAGAUUUCCUCCAUUUGCAUGAUGUGCGACAAAUAGUUGGUGCUGGAAGCGCUUUGAAGAGAAAUAGAGUGUUACAGAAACAAGUUGAACAGGUUUUUGAAUUGCCACUGGUUUUGAAUGAAAAUACAGAUGCAUCAGUAGGUGCAGCAAUAGCCACUCUCUUGGAGAGAAAUUGA